UGGGGGCCGAAGAGGAGGACAGAACCAUUCAUUCUUCUGUGGUUCCCGGAGAAAACGUGGAGGAUGAAGAAGACACACACUGAGGGGAAAAAAUAAACGUCAGGAUCAACUUAAUCUGCACAAAGAAGAAGAAGAAGACGCAAAAACAUCCUGCUGGAUUUCAGAGGCGUCGCUUUAAAAAAAAAAAACCGCACCGCCAGCAGUUACACGUUCACAGGAGUUGAGAGAGGACUCUUACAUCAUUUGGAUUUAACAGAAGAAUUCGUCUCUGCGUCCACACAAAGAGGUGUGUCUGAUGUGACGCCAGCGGGCUGGCUCAGGGAACACAACUCCAAUACAAUGUAGACACCAAAAACCAGAAAGAAUAAGAGUCUGAAGAUCGAGCCAACAGAAGGAGGGUGAGUUCGAGGCGGAGGAAGAACAGCUGUGCCGAAACGACACCAGCAGAAGAUAAGAAGUGAAAGAAAAAGAGAAAAAGAGGGAAGCAGCAGACUGUAAAUCAUUGACGUGAACCUUUUGUGUACAGCGGUGUCACAAACUCCUUCCUGGGAAGUGUUCACUCGCUUUCGCAUCUCGGCCGGAGAAGGAUCGCAACCUCAGCUCUCGGUCUCUUGAGGGCGUCCCGCUCCACUUUCCACCUCUCAACAGUGUUGAAGUCUGAACAGAGGGGAGACUCCAGCCACCGUCAGCAUGUGCCAUGUCAUUGUCACCUGCCGCUCCAUGCUGUGGACUCUGCUGAGUAUUGUGGCGGCGUUCGGAGAGCUCAUCGCCUUCAUGAGCACUGACUGGCUGGUGGGAUUCCCCCGCACCCCCGAUGCCGCCUUCGGCCCCCAUGGGGCUACCACAGCCGGAGAGGCCUACAGGCCAACGUUAGGCAUCUACGGCCGCUGUAUAAAACUGCCCCACCUGAAGCGUGGAAUACUCUGCGGACCGUACGCGAUACACUUUGGGGAGAUUGCCAGCGGGUUCUGGCAGGCUACUUCUAUCUUCCUGGCCGCAGGGAUCCUGCUGCUGUGUGCCGUCGCGUUCAUCUCGGUCUUCACCAUGUGCUUCCAGAGCAUCAUGAAGAAGAGCAUCUUCAACGUGUGUGGACUGCUGCAAGGGAUCGCAGGUCUGUUUCUGAUCCUGGGUCUGAUGUUGUACCCCGCUGGAUGGGGUUCAGACAAGGUCCAGCUGUACUGCGGCCCCGAUGCGGCUCCGUACCGGGCCGGGCUCUGCUCCAUGGGCUGGGCCUUCUACACCGCUAUGGGUGGCACCGUGCUCACCUUCAUCUGCGCUGUCUUCUCCGCACAGGCUGAGAUCGCCACCUCCAGCGACAAGGUGCAGGAGGAGAUCGAGGAGGGGAAAAGCCUCAUCUGCCUCCUCUGAGGCUCAGAUACUUUUGUUGGGAGAAGAAGAAGAAGAAGAAGAAGAAGAAGAAGAAGAAGAAGAAGAAGAAGAAGAAGAAGAAGAAGAAGAAGAGAAGAAGAAGAAGAAGAAGUGCUCUUCUGGCAUUUCUCUUGAGACUGGCCUGUGAAAUGGAGGCCCCUGAAUUGUUUACCACUAAAACUGACUCUUUGUUUGUCUCUGUUUUGUGUUUAUGUGGGAGAAAUCUACAAGUGCCAAGUUUUUUUCUCAGUGUUUGUCUUUGUCUCUCAGCCACUAAAGGUGCUGUCUGUUAUUGUAUUCGUGUUGAACCAUGUGGACGCCCAGAGAGGCUUUGUCUGUCACCACAUGUGUAAAUAAGUGUGAUUAUAUAUAUUUUGUACAUAGUUAUGAUUGGUCAGCUUGAUCCAGGCUGGGCUUGAUGAUGUCACUCUUGCCUUAAAACACUGCCUGCGAACCUGGAUCUGUUAACUGUUUGCCACGUGUGAGUAUUAACUCAUCAAGGGAACCACUACUCAGUCAGAAUAAACUACUCGCAGAAUAAAUGGCUUCAGCUCAGAGUGGAUGUCCUUUUUAAAAGCUUACAGAAUGUAUUGUUAUUUGAAUGAUUAAUGUGUUUGCAGACCCUUGAAAUGUAUCGAUGGAAUUGAUUCUUCACACAGACUGCACAAGGACGGGCAGAGGAAGCUCUGUGGUGCAUUUUGUUUGUCCUCUAUUCUGCAAAAUCCUGAAAUGAAGUGAGCUUGAUCCUCGCCUGAGCUGAGAGACGACCUGCGACGGGUCUGUGUCUGGUCCUCGUCCAGCAGACGCAAAGACAUGGACAUGAAUGAUGAGGACACGUACAUCAAGUAUUGCUGUUAGUAAUGUCUGGUUUCAGGGAGUCUGGCGAGUCAUAGAUAGUGUCCUAUCUGUUCCCAUUUGUUUCUGCCAAACGAAUAAAGAGAAGGGAG